AUGGACACCAGCGUUAUCAGACGUACGACAGUUCGCUCCCUUUGUUCGCUUCUCUGUAUGCGGUCUCUUCUUGCUUCUAGCGUUUUUCCUCGAGCAUUCUUAUUUUCCUUGCUUCUAAUUUUCUUUAUUUUUCUUCUUCUUCUUCUUCUUCUUCUUCUUCUUCUUUCUCUAACCUUAUUAUUAUUAUUAUUAUUAUUAUUAUUAUUAUUAUUAUUAUUAUUAUUCUCCUUCUUCUUUGUAUCUUUCUUGCUUCGAACAUUCUUAUUCUUUUUCUUCUUCUUCUUCUCUUUUCAGUGUUCUUGCCAGCAUUUUUCUUCUUUUAAUAUCUUUUCUUUUUACAUUUUAUAUUCUUCAAUAUUCUUUCCUGUAAAAUCUAUCGUUUCUUCUUUUUUUAUUCUUCUUCUUUUCGUUUCGUUAUCUUUUUCUUCUUCUUUAUAUUGUCCAGUUUACUUCCCUGUAGCCUCUAAUCUUCUUCUUUUUCUUCUUCUUCGUUGUAUUUUUCUUCUUCUUCCUCUUCUCUUUUUUAUCAUCAUCUUCUUUUACUUCUUUUCUUCUUCUUCUUUUUCUUCUUUAUCAUCAUCAUCAUCUUUUUCUUAUUUUCUUCUUCUUCUUUUUCUUCUUCUUCUUCUUCCUCUUCUCUUUAUCACCAUCAUCAUCAUCUUUUUCUUCUUUUCUUCUUCUUUUUCUUCUUCUUUUUCUACUUCUUCUUCCUCUUCUCUUCUUUAUCAUCAUCAUCUUCUUUUACUUCUUUUCUUCUUCUUCUUUUUCUUUCUCUUCUUUAUCAUCAUCAUCUUUUUCUUCUUUUCUUCUUUUCUUCUUCUUCUUUUUCUUCUUCCUCUUCUCUUCUUUAUCAUCAUCAUCUUCUUUUUCUUCUUUUCUUCUUUUUCUUCUUUUUCUUCUUUUUCUUCUUCCUCUUCUCUUCUUUAUCAUCAUCAUCUUCCUUUUCUUCUUUUCUUCUUCUUUUUCUUCCUCUUCUCUUCUUUAUCAUCAUCAUCAUCUUCUUUUUGA